AUGAAAUUCCUUGUUGUCGCUUCAGUUCUAAUUGUUAUUGUUUGGGCGCAAAACGACCGGAAAGAAGCUAAGAAGGUCUACAAUUAUGUCAUCAAUGUGGUUGGUAGGUAUUAAAAUUUUAAUUUUCAUCGUAACCACAAUUCUGUGUUCCCUCUUUGACAUUGUGCUUUGAGAGAGGACACAUGAUUAGUUGAACAAUCUAGUAAUUUUAAAAAUUUCAGAAAAACUGACCAAAGACCCAAAGUUCAAAGAAAUAGCUACAGCUGCUGCCGAAACUGACAAUCCAAUCGAAUACCUGGAUACAAAAAAGUCUGAAAUUGUAGCUAUAGAAACCAAGAUUCUGAAAGAGAUUAAUUUGAAUCAGGAACAGAUCGAUGUGAUUCAGAAGUUGAGCGACGCCGAAGCUCAUCACAAGUUUGAUCAAUGGCUGCCAAAGUACAAUGCCUUAAGCGCUGAGGAGAAGAAGACGUUGUUCAGCGUGCCUGGACUGUGA